GGAGUGGCACACAUGGUGUUUGUUUGUUUGUUUGAUUGAUUGAUUGAGCCUUCUGAACAGUUUCUGACACUGAAAUUCAGCCAAAAAUUGACCCUCUUGGAAUUAAUUAGAAUAACUCAUUUUCCUCCCUUUCCACAUAUCAAUAGAACAACGAGAUUCCAACAAUUGAAAACUCCUAAACACCCCUUCCUUCUGUUCCUUUGUUUCAGUUGCUGCAUAACAGGACACCACUCACUUCUUCUUCCAUCUCCCUUCUCACUCAACUUCUCUGUUUGACAAAACUGCCAACCAGAUCAGUGAUUGACCCAAUUGAGACAAGCCUUGAAAGUUCCGUUUUUUUAGAGUUCUUGCUGGUUUUGCAGGUGGCCCAGUUGGGAAUUCAAGAUGGUUCUGUGAUUGAACAAGUGCCCUCUUGAGUAUGGAUUUGGUUUUGGCUUGUAGCUGUUUUAGAAAGAUUCCUGUGUCACAAGUACUACUCCAGUGAGAUACUUGGUUCAGUUACCUUUUUUCAUGACUGACACUCAGUUGAAGUGAUUCAAUCAUCCUUUUGGUCUGAGGUUGAAGCUAUUUGAUUUCUGAAUUUUUGCAAGUUUCCUGGUCUCUGGGUAUGGCUGGGAGCCAAGAUCAGCUAGAGAUCAGGUUUCGGCUGAGUGAUGAUUCGGAUAUAGGCCCUAAAAGUUAUUCUGCUGCUACUAGUAUUGCAACGCUGAAAGAAAGUGUUCUUGCUCAAUGGCCAAAAGAUAAGGACUAUGGACCAAGAACCGUUAAAGAUUUGAAGUUAAUUAGUGCCGGAAAAAUAUUGGAGAACAACAGAACAGUGGGAGAAUGUCAGAGUCCAUUGUGUGAUCUCCCUGGUGGAGUUACAACAAUGCAUGUGGUUGUGCAACCACCUUCUGUGGAAAAAGAUAGGAAAGUAACAAGUGAAGUAAAGCAGAACAAAUGUGUUUGUGUGAUAUUAUAGUGUCCAGAUUGAACAGAAAAGAUGUCAUCUACUUUAAAAGUCACACUUUUAUACAUUUUUAUGGCUUUCAAAAGAUUUCCUCAUACACAAACUCUUUGGUUGCAUGCCUCAUGACAACUACAGGUACAAGAGUUUUUGGCAUGUGAAGGAGUUAUUGCUUUCUCUUCUUUUUCUGCAUCUAGUUGCUGCCUCAUUGUGCAAUUGGUAUAACUGUUGAUUGAAAUGAACUCUACAAUUGUGCUUGUGCUUCAGCUUGGUGCAAAAUACUUCCAGUGUUAAACUUGUUGCUUGUUAAGUGAUUUAUGAUCAAUGUAAAGAACUCUGUAUCAAUAAAUAUUUUCAGAAGAGCUACAUUUUAGUGAUCAGUUUCCAAAAAAACA